GUGGAAAAGAUGGCGGCCACGGUGCGGCUGCAAUGAGGAGCCACCUCUCCGCCUUUGUCAAACAGUGCAAUGAAUGGUGGCGAAAAACGAGUAUAAUCAUUGAAGUGGUAACACGUAGCGGAGUCCCCGACACGUUCUCUGUGACGGACGCCGCGCAUGACGCCAUUCUCCUUUCCUGUCCGCCGUAGGAAGGACCGUUAUGGAAGACGAAGAGCGACAGAAGAAGCUGGAGGCCGGCAAAGCGAAGCUGGCCGAGUACAGGCAGAAGAAGGCCCAAGGAGAUGGACAGAACAAACCCAAGAAAAAGAAGAAGAGCACCCGGCCCAAGGAAGCCGUCCAUGGGCACGAUGAAGGCGAGCGAGAAGCGGCCCUGAGUUCGGGUAGCGGCGCAGAUGCCUUUGGGAAUGACGUUACCACCUCCAGGACUCUGCACAGUGGAGAGACAGUCAGGCAUGACCAGACCUACACCAUAGAGCCUGAAAGCGAGGUUUCCACCACAGCCGAAGACUACUCAUCAGAGGUAAAUGGGUGCCAUGAGAUGACAGAGAUUACAAAGGAGCCCUCUAAGGAUUUGAUCUGGGAGGAGGACCUACAGCUCCCUGGAUCCCAUUCAGAGCACGAAGCGCAGCACUCUCAAACACGACUGCAGAUUAUGGAGGAUGAGUUGGCUGCAAAGAGGCAGGAUGUGGAGGAACUGAGCCGGCAGCUGGAAGAAAUAAGGGCUGGAUUUGGGACUGAAGGACUUCAACAGCUCCAGGACUUCGAAACUGCAAUAAAGCAGCGUGAUGGGAUCAUCACUCAGCUUACCACCAACCUGCAGCAGGCGCGCAAGGAGAAGGAUGAGAUCAUGAGAGAGUUCCUGGAAAUGACUGAGCAAAGUCAGAAACUGCAGAUUCAGUUUCAACAGCUACAAGCCGGUGAAACUCUGAGAAACACAAGUCACAGCAGCACAGCAGCAGACCUCCUUCAUGCCAAGCAGCAGAUCCACGAAAGAGAUGUCCAGAUGAAAGGUUACCAAGAACAAUGCAAGGACCAGCUACUGCAGAUCAGCAAACUUCAGAAUCAACUCAGAGAAAUUGAAAUGCUGGGAAAAACACAAGAAGAAUCAUAUGCGCUAAAACUGAAGGAAAAGGACUUGUUGGUUGCAGAACAAGAGAGGAAGAUUGCAGAGGAGGAAAGUUUAAUUAUGCCAUUAAAAGAGAAGCUUUUGAAUUCAGAGAAAUUGUUAAAGGAGUUGAAUGGUCAAAUUGCCUUGAAAAAUCAGGAACUGGAGAGCUGUAGAAGCGAGCUGUCCAUUUCAAAACAGAAAGAAAGGAUGUCAUCUGGUGAAAUACAGCAGCUAAUGGCCACAGUGGAAGACUUACAGAAACGCUGUCAUAAAGGAAGUCAGUCUGAAAGUGAUUUCGUGCAACGGAUGGAGCUGGACAUACAGAAAAAGAUGGAUCAACUUCGAGCCGAACUAGAUGAGAUGUAUGGGCAGCAAAUAGUUCAAAUGAAGCAGGAACUUCGUAUACAGCACUUGAAGGAAAUGGAAACACUAAAUGAAUCUCAUAGAUUGGAAUUGGAGAAACUCAGAAGUCAGCCAGUGAGGGAUUUGGAUCAAGCAAACAUACUAAAUAUGAAAAUAACCGAGCUGCAGCAAAAGCUAAACGAGGCUGAAAUUUGGAAAAAGAAGGCAGAUCAGGAGUUACAGAAAGCAUCAGUAGAAAAAGUUAAUCUGCAAAGUCAGAUUGAAGAUCUGGUACAAGACCUCCGUUCUGCAAGGGACAAAGUUGAAAAAGCAUCACAGAGCGUAUCUUAUCAAGAGCAAAAACUGAAUGAGACUGGUAAACUGCACGAUACCAUCAGUGACCUACAGGCACAAUUGGCUGCUGCAGAGGAAAAUACCAAAGAGCUGGAGGCCAAACAUGAGUCUGAAGUGACCAAUUAUAAGAUCAAACUUGAAAUGCUUGAACGUGAGAAAGAUGCAGUGUUGGACAGGAUGGCAGAGUCACUGGAGUCAGAACUGGAGAAAUUGCGAACACAGCUUAUUUUCAGUCAUGAGGAAGAGCUCACUAAGCAGAGAGAGGACUUGCAGAGGGAGAAUCUGCUCAAUGUUGAGAACCUCAAGGAUGACAUGGCCUUAAAACACAAAAAAGAGCUUGAAACCUUGCGGCAGAGUCUAGAAGUCCAGUUUCAGGUGGUUAACAAUGAAAAGGAGAGUAUAGCUACUGAAAGAGACACACUGGUACAUGAACUCACUUUGCUUAAGAAUGAUUUUAAUCUCUCACUGGGAAACACAAAAUCAGAUGAGUUGUCUGUGCAACUUAAGGAGCUUGAGCUAGAGAUUGAGGAGUUAAGAAAGGAAGGGAAAGAGAAAGGCACACUGGAAAAAGAAAACCAAGAGCUACUCAGACUGAAUAAAAAUCUUGAGAAAGAGACCAAGGAGAAAGAGGAUUGCUGGCAUAAGAAAAGGAUGGAGUUGGAAUCUGAAAAUAAUGUUCUUAAAGAAACCAACAUGGCCAUGAGAAAAGAAAUGGAGUCCCUCAACAUGCUUGAGGAAAGUUAUCGGAAAAUUGAGUCCCUCACUAUUGAGAAUGAACAUCUGAAGAAGCAACUAAUUACUGUAACACAAGAAAUUGAAAGGCAGAGGAACACUUUUUCUUUUGCAGAGAAAAACUUUGAAGUUAACUACCAGGAGCUUAAGGAUGAGUACACGUGUCUUGUUAAUGUAAAGGCAGAACUGGAGGAAAAGGUACUCAAGGUAACGAUGGACUAUGAGGCAAAAGUGAACAACCUUCAGAUGCAGAUUUGCAAUCUGCAAGAAGGCAAGCAAAGUUCCAGGGGGCCAUAUGAAGUUGAGAGGAGAACUGACAGAACGGAAGAAGAUUUCAUUGACGGGGUAGAACUAAUAGAAAAGGACAAAACUGAGCUCAUGGAAAAACUUGAAAUUGUGCAACGGGAGAAGAAUGGGCUUCUGUUGAGAUUAUCUGAAGUUUCUGAGCGAUUGACUUUGAAAGAGAAUCAGGUGGAACUGCUGGAGGGUGAGCUCAGGGUGGUAAGAGAGAAUAACCAGCAAAUUGCGGCGAGGAACGAGCGUCUGAUAAGGGAGCGAGGGAAGCCCGUUGAAGCAGUGAGUCAGCAGCAAGAGUGCGUUGAGUCGUCUGCAGCCCCGGCUGCCUGCACUGCUCCGGGAGGUGUUAGACACUCCGCUGGCGGUCAUUACGACUCGAUUGCUUUAGCAGAGGAGAAGGAAGCAGCAACACUUCAGUCUUCCCUGCAGAGCGCCAUGGAAGCGCGCAGCAGCGUUCGGCAGCAGCAACACAGCACUGCGAUCAGUGAGGCGCUGCAGACACCGACCGAGCCUCCCAGGGGGACACCUGUUGAGGAGACCCCUGUCGUUUCUGCUUGGCCAUCAGACAGGGAGCAGCUGACGCAGCAGCUGCAGACAGCUGGAGAAAAGCAACUGGUGGAACAAGGAGCACACCGCCAUUCCCUUCAUAUGGAGCUGGAGGAGAAAGAGAAGGCUCUGAUCGCUGCAGAGCAGGAGAUACUGGCUUUGAAGGAGAGGUUGAAGAUGCUGCAUGUGCCACAGUCUGAAGAUGCGAGGUCUGCUGUGAAGCACAGUGAGGAAAUUGCCACCAUAAAUCAGGAUGAGUUCAGGUUGCAGAUGGAGGCCCAGCACAUAAGCCUCUCGCAGAUCUUUGCUGCGCAGCUUGAGCUACAGAGAGAGAGCCUGCAGGCCGAGAAAGAAGCCGCCUUGCGCAGCCUGGAGCGGGACCUUAGCACUGCUCAUUCCCAGGAACUGCAACAGCUGCAGGAACAGCACCAGCGGGAACUGCAGGACUUGAAAGAGCGCAGCUUAGAUAGUGAAAAUGUGCCCAGGUCCUUGACAUACCAAAACUUGAUUCAUAUGAUAUCUGGAGAAUGCAAUCAGCUUUUUCAGUCAUUUGCAAGAGUUCUUGGGCAGGAGUCUUGGGAGCAGCUGUCUUAUAAACAGGUUGAAAAGCCAACAAGUUCUGAGGUCUGUCAUGAUGUCACUGAAAUAGAGGACAAGAGUUCUGGUUCAUUGCGUCAUGCUGCGAAUAAGCUUUACACAGAGCUUCAACUUUUAAAGGAUCAGAUUGUUCACGAAUAUAGCCGCCUUUUAGAACUUCAGUCAGCCCUGAAGAGUGAUGGAAACAAAAUUAAGGUGCUGCAGAUGGCUUUUGAUGAGCUGAAGCACAGCAGUGAGGAGGAAGUUGCCAGGCUACGUCUGCAGAUUGACAGCUUCUUGGUCCAGUCACAGAGCUGCAAUGACCCAGAGAUCCAUCCAAAGGCACAGUCAGUGCACCUGGAGGAGGUGGCAAAACUCAGAGCAGAACUCCAUGGACGACAAGCACAGCUGGAGCUACAGCACGGCCAGGAAAUUGAGCGCUUGCGGGCCUACUACCAACAGCAGGCCAAGGAGACAGAGGAGCGGUACACCACUGAGCUGGUCCUCCUCCAGCAGAGGCUCCAGGAGCUGACGGGUUCAGAAGCACAUGGACGCAUUCCAGGAGAAACAUACCAGUCAGGUGGAGAGAAGGAGGAUAGUGAAGAUAUUAAGCUGGAAGAUGUGGACCUGGAAGAGGACCUGGGGCUCCCCACCAAGUCUAUGUGCCUGACCCAGCAGCUGCAGACUCUGAGGAGGGCCUUGUAUGAAAAGUAUGUCCAGGAGGUGUCGGCGCUGAAGGAGCAGCAUCGUGCCGAGCUGCAGAGGGUACUGGAGCAGCAGAGCCGCCAGCCGCAGGACGCCACGCCUACCCAAGCGCAAGUCAAGAGUCAGGACCCCGUCACACUCAUCCCAUCCCUGGAGAGGCAGCAUCAGGAGCAGUUGCAGGAGGAAAUAGCUAAGGUGGUAGUGCAGAUGUCAGUUGAGUUUGCUCAGCAGACUGAGCUGGCCAGGAUCACCAAGAAGGCCCGAGAGACGUCCUUGGCCGUGCAGACACAGGACAACGAUUGUGACAGAGCAGGAGGGGACCAGCUUCACGAACCACUGUGGUGUGUCUCAGAAGAACAGGAGAGACUGAAGAGCUUGCUGGAGGAGAAGAGGGCUGAAGUCAUCUCCCUGAGGGAGCAGCUCCAGCAGGCCAAAGACACAUUCAGCGCUGUAGACACCAAAGAUUCCACGCUUCUGGAGUCACGUGGCCCGCUGCUCACGGCAAAACUGGGCAAGGAGGCCCUGUCAGGAGUAGACACUGGAGGUCUACAACCACUGGAGGAACUGCAGCAAGAGCUGGUCCGCAUGGAGCAGGACCACCAGCAGACACUGGAGGCCCUCAGAGUCUCCCACUCCCAGCAGUUGGAAGAACAGAGAGACCAGCAGCUGCAGCUCAAAGCACAGCUGGAUGUUCUGAGAGCACAGCUGGCGCAGAAGGAAGCUGAAGUGAAGCACAGCGCUGGAGAUGAAGAAGCUGCGAGGAGGCAUGGUGAAGGUGCACAGAAGCCAGCCCCUAAGAUGCAAAGCAGGAGCAUGCAGACAGAGAUGGCCCUUUUAAAGACUGAAGACAGAAAAGACGACAGAGAGGGGCUCCAAGGAGCUGGGCUGAACACAGAAACUUCUCCACAUUCCACACAGGCUGCCCUUUCUUCUCAUGAUGUUAUUACAACUGAAAGAAACCUGCUCCGCAGGGCCAAUGAGAGCCUGCGGCAGGUUCUGAGCGAUGUUCUGAAGACAACAGCGGCAGCAGAGGAGACCAUUGGCCGAUAUGUGGAGGGCCUGCUGGAUGCCUCCAGUAGGGGGCAGUCUCCCCAGAGGCUCACCUGGCAGCGAGCAGCAGUACAGCCCUUCAGACCACAGAGAGUUGCCUCUCCGGACAGCUGUCAGGGCAGCGAGGCUGGCACAGAUGAAACAAGCAUGUGGUCAGGGGAGACAGAGACAGAUGAGGGGCUGGAGACCUCGCAGCCACUGACAGAGACCUUGGUGAGUGGGGCCGAGAUACAGCUGGAGAACGAGGAGUGCUUGAUGAACAUCAGCUCCCGCCUGCAGGCAGCUGUCGAGAAACUGCUGGUAGCCAUCAACAAAACCACAAGCCAGCUGGAGCACGCCAGGGUGACCCAGACAGAGCUCAUGCGGGAGUCAUUCAGGCACAACGAGGAGAUGGGCGAGCUGUUGAGGAGGCAGGAGGAGUUGCAGGAACAAGUGACCGAAGAGGCACAGGCGAGGGAGCAGCUGGCACUUGAGCUCCACAGGGCGGAAGGUCUGAUCGAUGGCUAUACUGACGAGCGCGUGGCCCUUGAGGCAAAACUGCGCCAAAAGGAGGAGCUGCAGCUUCACCUGCAGCAGGAGCUGCAGGUAACGUGCAACCGCUUACGGGAGCUGGAGGAGGAGAGGCAGCACAUGCAGGAGGAGAGGGAGCUGCUCUCUCGUCAGCAGGAUGCCAUGAAGGGCUCUGCUGGGCCCCGCGAACUGCGCCUAGUUGAAGCUGCAGUUGAUGCAGCUCCUGAAGCAGAUCUACUGGAGGAGACAGAAAAAUUAAUGAAGGAGAAGGUAGAGGUACAGCGGCAAGCAGAAAAAGACAGCAACGACCUCUUAAAACAAGUGAAGGAUCUGGAAGCAGACCUGGAGGAACAGGUCACUAAAAUCCUGGAGAUGGAGCAGGCCCACCAGGCUGAGAGCACCGACCUGAGACAGCAGGUGCAGGCUCUGGAGAAGCAGCUGGAGAACAACAGGAGGUUCCUGGAUGAGCAAGCUGUUGACCGGGAACACGAAAGGGAUGUCUUUCAGCAAGAAAUAAUGAAAUUAGAACAGCAGCUGAAGAAUACUCAAAAGCAACAACCCAGCAGUGAGCAACGAAACCGAGAGGUGGAUCAGCUGACUGCCCAGCUGAAAGAGAAAUCUGAUUGGUGCAACGAGCUCCUGCUCAGCUCAGAGCAGCUGCAGAGAGACGUUCAAGAGCGCAACGAGGAGAUUGAGAAGCUGGAGGCGCGCGUGCGGGAACUGGAGCAGGCGCUACUCGUUAGCAGCGAGACGCUGCAGAAGGUGGAAGAACAGAGCCAGCCGACCCCAAUGCAGCAGAUGGAGGACGCAACCCUGGAGGCUCAGCUGCAGACUGAAAGGGAGGCACUGGACAGGAAGGAAAAGGAGAUCAGUAACUUAGAAGAGCAACUAGAGCAAUUCAGGGAAGAACUGGAGAACAAAAGUGAAGAGGUUCAGCAGCUCCAAAUGCAGCUGGAGAUCCAAAGGAAGGAGUUGAAUACCCAGCAGGAGGACUUGGAGCAUAAGAGCAGUCUUCUUCAGGUCAUGGAGGAAAAGGACAGGGAGAUAGCACAUCUAAAUGAACAGCUCUGUAAACUUCAGCAAAUGGAUACUGCUCCUGAUAACAAGGUGAUAGAAGAGAAGAAUGAGCUCCUGAGGGAUUUGGAGUCCCAAGUCGAGUGUCUGAAGAGUGAACAGGAGCGCUUGAAAAAGAACAGCGAACACGAGAUUGACCAGCUGAAUGAUGUAAUUGAGAAACUGCAGCAAGAGCUUUCAAAGAUCGAGCACAAAACGCUGGAGGAGUCUCUCCUGGACACUGAGGACUUGACUAGUCAUGCCACAGAAGUCAGCCUCACCAAGGAGGAGUUUGAUGAGAUGAAGCAAAAAAUGGACCAGACCACUCAGGAGCUGGACACACUGAAGGCAAAUCAUAUCUCUUUGUUGGAGAGGUACAGGGGUUUACAGCAAGAGACAUCAAAGGAAAAUGAAAGGUCACUACUGGAGGAGCUGCAAGAAGCCUUGCAGGAGAAGACUGCUGCGGCUGUGGUCAUGCAGGCUGAGAUCCAGGCCUUGGAGGAGAGUGCAAGCUUCAGGUUAGCUAAUCUCAAUGAGCGAGUAGUGGAGCUGGAGGCCUGCUUACAGGAGAAGGAUUCUGAACUGAACUUCUGCAAGGUACGGGUGGAGCAGACCCAGGUUGAGGCCGAGGUUCUUCAGCUGAAGAUCUCUGAACUGCAAGACAAGCUCAGGGACAAGAUGGCAGCCUUGCAGGUGAGCCAGGCCCAAUUGGGUGCCAUGCAGCAGCAGUCACAAGUAAGCACCAAAGAGUCUCACAGUCAGACCUCAGAGCCACUGAGCACAGACAGGGUGGACAAAGCCAACCCUGCUGCAGAGCAACUUCCGUCUCCAGUUAUCUCAACCAAGUCCCUAGAAAGCAGAGGGAUGCCUGUAACUAAAGUGGUUCUUUUAAUGGAAAAGCUGAAGGAGCUGGAGGACAGUUUGAGUGAGAUUCAGAAGGACCAGGAGCUACAGAAACAGCUGCUGUCAAGCUCUGAGGAGGAGGUGGUGGAGUAUGAGAAGAUGUUGGGAGUUCUUAUGAACCUUAUUAACGGGAUGACUAUAAAACCCACCAGCCAGAAAGCCCCGGUACCCACUAGGUUGUCAGAUGGACUCCGUGAGGACGAUUCUGCUGAUGUUUCACAGCUUCUGCUGGAGCUGCAGCAGGUCAAACUUGAGGCCUCUGCCACCAAAGAGGAGCUAAGUAGCUACAAGGAGAGCAGCCACAAGCUACAGGAGGAACUACAGGUAAAAGAGUUAACUAUAUCAAAACUUCAGGAGGACCUACAAAAAGUAUCCUUUGGAGUCAACAAAGAGGACCCCAGAACAGUCUCAGAGCUACUCCACGAGCUGCACGAGGUCCAGCAGGAGGCUGCUGCUACCAAAGAAGAGCUCAGUAGCUACAAGGAGCAAAGUGAGAAGCUUCAGAAGGAGUUGCAGGAAAGGGAGAUGACUAUAGAACAUCUUAAAGAGGAUCUCCACCAGUUUUUCUUCUUUGCACAGGCAUCAGGUAGAGUCAGUGAGGAGGACCCUGCUGCCAUCUCAGAACUGCUUCAGGAGCUGAAGGAGGUCAAGGAAGAGGCUGCUGCCACCAAAGAGGAGCUUAGCAACUACAGGGAGCGCAGUGAGAAGCUGCAGGAAGAGCUGCAGGUCAGAGAUGUCUCCUUAGCCGAACUUCAAGCCGAGCUCCAGCAAGUCAGACAGGCCUUGGCAAAAUCAGAGGAAUCAUCUCUCCAAAAGAGGAAGAAAGUGACUAAACAAGAUCCUUCUGACAAGACCAAAAGCUCCUCUACCAAAGCAAAGCCUUCGCUGAUGAAGAAGAACGCCACCUGCCAGACAGACAGGCCUUCUGUUCUAAACGGGAGCUUCCAGACUGAGGGCAUCUCUUUUGCUGAUGCAGAUGUGCAGGUGGAUAUGUCCCCAUCUGGGCCAGACAUAGAGGAGAUCAUCAAUGAGUAUGCAGAGAAGAUCGAGCAGAUGCAGGAACUGCACGCAGCUGAGAUCAUGGACAUGGAGACCCGACACAUCACAGAGAGUGACACUCUGAAGAGGGAGGUCCAACUGCUGCAGGACGAGUGCAGUGCCCUGAAAGCUGUCAUUGAGAACCUUCAUUCUACAGAGGUUGUCUCAUCCCAACUGGAACCUCCUCUUACUUCACAAGUCAGAGAUGAAUAUGCCAGCGACAGUAGUUCAGACUGGAGUCACCGCACUGGCUAUGACCAUCCUGGUCUGAACCAGGAGUUGAGGAGCACCCCAGAGGGAGCCAGAAGGGAUGGUGAAUCUGCACAGAUUUCCGCAGACAUCCUCCCUGAUAGGAUUAAGAGCUUACUGAGAGAGGUGCACCAGGAAGGCAUGCAGGUGCUGUCCCUGUCCGAGUUGCCCCUACUGGAGGGUGACGAGUCUCAGCCAGCCCCCCGGGGCUGGCUAAAGGAGAGGGAGGCCCUUCUGGCCACCAUAGAUUCUCUUAAGGGCCUUAUUACCAAAGUGCAGACCCACAGAGAGACACAGCAUCAGGCAGGUCCUCCUGGUGAGAUUGCUGUGGACUGGCGGGCAGAUCUCCUUAGGGCCAUUCAGCAGGUGUUCUUGAAAGAGCGCAGUGUCCUUAAGAGCACUCUCUACACACACUUGGAGCAACUGGACACCAGUGAUGCGGUUAUCCAUCUCAACCAGCUAGAGCGCAGGCUGUCCGAGCAGGAUGCCCAGCACAGGGAGGCUAUCAGUGUCCUGCAGAAUGCAGACAGAAACAGCCUGCUGAUGGAGGUCCAUCAACUCCGGGCCCAGCUGCAGCUACUUCAGCAGGAUCAUGCCGACAGAGCAAGCGCCACACAGCUUCCCCCUGAGGCUUCCAGCACAGGUGUAGGUGGCCUGCCCGAUGCACUGGAGAGGCAAGGUCAAGGGGAUGUAGUUGGGAUCCCGAGCAGCACAGGGCACUCUCAAGACCUUCAUGCCCUGCACUCAGACAGGAUUUUGCUGGAUGAGUUGAAAAAUGAACUGGCCCAAACCAAACUGGAGCUGGAGACCACACUGAAGGCACAACACAAACACCUGAAGGAGCUUGAGGCACUGAGGAAUGAAGUGGCAGAGAAGGCUGCUGAAAUAGACAGAGUGAAUGACAGUCUGGUAAACGAACAGAAGAAAUCAAGGGAGCUUGAGUGGGCAUUUGAGAAGGAGAAAUGCAAGUCUGAUAAAAAGGAAAAGGGGGAAAGAGAAGAGCUUGAGGAUAUGAGACUUGUGCUAGAGGAGCAGCAGAGCCAAGUCACACAGCUGAACCAGAGCCUGGAGCAGCAGCAAGAAGUCUCAGCCCAGCUGCGUCACCAAGUGGACAUAGCCCUCGUCCAGCUGUCUCGUGAACAGAGCCAUGUGGCCGAGCUGCAGGUCCAGUUAGAAUCGGCACAAGCCCGAACUCUUGAGCUGAGCAGCGCUCUGGAGCGGGAGAGGGAAAUGCAGGCAGCUAGUCCUCGGAGCCAGCCAACCGCAGGGGUGGCCGAGGCUGAGGCCAGCUGCAGUCACGUGGAGGAGGGUGUGCGCUCCUUGGAAGGCUUACUGGAGACACUGCAGGCACAGCUGGAUGAGAAGCAUGCACAGGUGGUGCAGUUAGUGGGAGAGGUGGAGAGGCACAGACUCGAGGCAGUUCAGGCCCGGCAACAUUGGGAGGAGGAGAGAAGGGCUUCCCGGCAAGAGCAAGAGGCCCAUCUGAAGGCACAACAAGGCGAAAUAAAGCAGUUACAGGUGCAGCUUGACAAAGAGCGGCAUCACAUUCUCCAGCUGCAACAGGAGAAGGUUCAGCUGGAAGACAGAGUCGCAGAGCUACAGACUUCCAUACGAAUUGCAGAAUCUACGGAUGCUGCCAGAACCUUAUCGUCCAGUACUCAAAUCCAGCCUAUGGAUUUGUGGAAAACCGAGGGCCAACCUUGUGACCGGACCAGAGAUUGGGUUCUACAGCAGAAGAUAUCCGAUGUUAUUAUGGUAGAGUCCAUGUCUGGCCACUCUCAUGAUGCACCAGUGGGAAGCUCUGGAUCUGCAGACUCUCAGCACCUGGAAAACAUUGUCCACAGGCUCCAGCUUGUCAAUGCCAAGAUCAGAACCAUGAUGAACAGUGCUUCUGGCAGGGUGCCAAAGGAGGAGCUGGACAGCAAGAGCCUGGCAUGGCUCCAAAGUAAUCUUCAGACGGUCAUCUCACUUGUACAGCGGCUGCCGGCCAUCCUUUCUGUACCAGAGAGCACACCAUCAGGUGCCUCAUCCAACUCGCUGACUGAACGGCUCCUGAGGCAGAAUGCCGAGCUCACCGGGUUUGUCAGUCGCCUGACGGAGGAGAAGAAUGACUUGCGCAACUCCGUCAUGAAGCUGGAGGAAGAGCUCAGACACCACCGGCAGAGAUGCUUAAUUGCAGGGGAUCGGUCUGCCAGAAGGUCUGUGGAUAACCAGGACACCCAGGACAUUCUGCUGUCCUUGGACCGUGAGACCUGGAGCAAAGAGAAGAGCCGGCUGGAGAAAGCCCUCCGUCAGGCAGAGGCAGAGGUGGCCCGACUGAGGGCAGAUCUCCGUGCAGAUGCUCUGCGGGAUGCGGCGGCCCCAGAUGCAGAAAAUGUGGCACUGAAGAGGAUAUAUGGGAAAUACCUCCGUGCAGAGAGCUUCCGGAAGGCUCUGAUUUACCAGAAGAAAUAUCUGCUGUUACUGCUGGGUGGCUUCCAGGAGUGUGAGGAGGCUACCCUGUCCCUGAUCGCCAGGAUGGGGGCCCGACCCUCCCACAUGGGGCUGGAAAGCAUCUCACGGCGGCAUAGGGCCUUCACCCGCUUCCGAUCAGCAGUGCGCGUCUCCAUUGCCCUCUCCAGAAUGAGAUUCUUGGUGAGGAGAUGGCAGAAAACUACAGGAUCAGGGUCCAGCUCCUUACCUGCUGUAAAUAAGAAUGAUGUGAGCCAGCUAACAGGGAAUGAAGUGAGGACAGAUUCCCCAUUUCUGCACAGUGGAGGUUUAGAGGUCUGUGGGGAACGUAGGGGUACCAGCCGUGGGCGCACAGGCCGUGAGUCCCCAAGGUCAGCCCUCUCAACGCACCACAGGUUUCACACGGUCGCAGACCCGGGAGGUGUGGCCUGCUCCCACCUGCAGAACUAUGACCCUGACCGGGCGCUAACAGAUUAUAUCUCUCGCUUGGAGGCUCUGCAGCGGAGACUGGGGAGUGUGCAAUCAGGUUCUUCUUCAUAUGGUCAGUUGCACUUUGGGAUAAGGAGAUGAGUCUGUAAUCUACACAAAAACUGGCAUGAAAACUCAGUUGCCUUUUCUCGUGAUGAGCUGCUGUGUUUUGUACUUACAGUACAAUGUGUAUGUCUGUGGGACCAAAACUCUUUUGUGUAACAUUAAUGGAGGCUUCUUUGCCAGCACAGCUUCUAUUCAAGAAAUGGCUUUUAUGUAAAUGAGUCUGCUUAUUUGUUGUGCAUAUAUACAAUCAAACUCUUAAAUGUAUAUUUGUGGAAUGGUAAUUUAAAAUGAUUAAUUUAUACCGUGUAUGUAUUGUAUGGGUGGGAGAGGACGUAGAUGUUUUGGCUUUCUGAGAUGGCUGCUACAAGUUUUAAUACUUAUGCUUUAUUAGACGGUAUGACGACAGAACACGACAUUUGUAGACAGACAUAUUUUUGUAAAAGGUAGGAGCUUUGAAAUUUAAGGGUAUUUUGUCAAAAA